UGGAAUCAACAUGGCGAGGAAAUUACUCCAUCUCUCAUUGCAAGCCUUCCAGACAUAUCUAUCUGAGAGACCCUCCCAAGACAGAAACAUACAAACAGCGACAUAGCCCAUUGGCAAGACCUUUGGUCCCAAGUCGUCAUCAUCGUCAUAGUCAUCAAUCUCAGACUCAGAUCCAAUUCCAACCAACAAGCUAAGCUAAGCAGCCAAACUCAAAGCCCUUGUCUUGUUUUCCUGUGAACCCUGUGAAUGAACAGGGUUCUGGGGCCUGACAGAAUUGGUGAAUUAUCUUAUGAGGUUGUCGGAUUGAUGUAUGAUUUAGCGAACUACGUUGUGGGUUGCUUUGCCUUGCUUAUUGAACGUACUGUUGGAGGCUCCGGUCUGAACCCAUGUCUGGGAAUCUAGCUGCACUCGUGGUUCGUGGGUUCGCGGGUUGCGCUUUCUUAAUUGCAGCAUCAUCUUGGAGAUAAAAAAAGAAAGAGAAAAUGAGGAUCAAGAACAAAUACAGGAAACCAACCACUUUCAAUUGCAAUGCAGGGGGCAGAUGUUCAACGUCUGCUGUGGUAUGGAGCUUGGUGGGAUGUGUUCUUAUGCUUCAUCUAUACUCCCUUGCUCGCCACAAAGAUGGGGUGGGUGGAGAGAUCCAAUUGCGCAUGAGCCAACACCCACAAUUCCGUGAACUCUUAGAGGUUGAAGAAGAAAAUAUUCGGAUGCCACCACCAAGAAAGAGAUCUCCACGUGCAGCAAAAAGAAAACCUAAACGGCCAACCACACUGAUUGACGAAUUUCUGGAUGAGAAUUCCCAACUUAGAAGUACAUUCUUUCCAGAUCAGAGAACUGCUAUAGAUCCAAUGAAGGACGUGGGGAAUGAUAGCUUUUACUAUUAUCCAGGGAGAAUGUGGUUGGACACUGAUGGAAAUCCUAUUCAAGCCCAUGGAGGGGGUAUUCUGUAUGAUCAAAAAUCAAGGACAUACUAUUGGUAUGGAGAGUAUAAAGAUGGGCCUACCUACCAUGCUCACAAAAAAGCAGCGGCAAGGGUUGACAUCAUAGGAGUUGGUUGCUAUUCUUCCAAGGACUUGCGGACAUGGAAAAAUGAGGGCAUUGUGCUGGCAGCAGAGGAAUCAAAUGAAACCCACGAUCUCCACAAAUCAAACGUUCUUGAGAGGCCAAAAGUGAUUUACAACGACAAGACAGAACAGUAUGUAAUGUGGAUGCAUAUUGACGAUACCAAUUACACCAAAGCCUCCGUAGGUGUUGCCGUUAGUGAUUACCCCACUGGUCCUUUUAAUUAUCUCCAUAGCAAAAGGCCUCAUGGAUUUGAAAGCAGGGACAUGACUAUCUUUAAAGAUGAUGAUGGUGUAGCGUAUCUGAUAUACUCCUCCGAUGACAAUAGUGAACUUCAUAUCGGACCACUAACUGAAGAUUAUCUUGAUGUGACACAGUUCAUGAGAAGGAUUCUUGUUGGACACCACCGGGAAGCCCCUGCUUUGUUCAAGCACCAGAGAACUUAUUACAUGAUCACAUCAGGCUGCACUGGUUGGGCCCCAAAUGAGGCACUAGCUCAUGCGGCUGACUCAAUCAUGGGGCCGUGGGAGACGAUGGGAAAUCCAUGCGUCGGAGGGAGCAAAAUGUUUCGACUUACAACGUUUUUUGCUCAGAGCACAUUUGUGAUUCCUCUGCCAGGUUUUUCAGGCUUGUAUAUUUUCAUGGCAGAUAGGUGGAAUCCAGCUGACUUGAAGGACUCAAGAUACGUGUGGUUGCCUUUGAUAGUUGGGGGACCAGCUGAUCGCCCACUUGAGUAUAAUUUCGGAUUCCCUUUGUGGUCAAGACUCUCAAUAUAUUGGCAUAGAAAGUGGAGACUUCCUCAGGGGUGGAGUGGGUUGAAGUGAUGCAGUUUUUCAUAUAUUUGAUGGUUCUUUGGUCACUCUUUCACUUGCUUAACAUUGUUGUCUUGGGAUUUGCAUAUUUCACAGCAUGAGGACUUAGAUACAGAAUGUUCAGUUUCAAACACGCCCAGUGAAGUUACACACCCCUUGGUCCCCUUUGUUUAGGUAAUGUUAAUAUUAGCUCUGAGGCAGGAUGUAUUUUUCCCAGAUUGUCCCCUUUUUUUUUUUUUCAAUUGAAAUUUUGCUAAUAAUUAAUUCAGUAAUUCAAGCAUUGUCGAUCAA